UGGUGCGCAUGCGCGCCGACGAACCCGGAACUGCGAGCGGAGCGGUGUGUUUGUUUGAGGGAGACUGCGGAUAGAAAGAUGCAGCUUCACUUCACUAAAGACGCUUUACCGGACUCUGUGGGCACCGACUUCCAGAACCUGAACAAGCUGAACGAGCAGCAGUUUCAGCGCCUGAUUGGAAUUCUGUUCCAGUUCCUCCUGGAGCCGAAAGAGACAGAGAGGUUCAUGCAGCAGCUCACUGAGUUUGCGGGGGAGCACGGGAUGAGUGCCGGGCCUCUGAGGAACCUGAUGAAGAGCGUCCUCCUGGUGCCGCAAGGAGCCCUGAAGAAAAACCUGACAGCAGAUCAGAUCAGAGAAGACCUCCUGACAUUAGGGCUGAACGGGGAAAAGGCGGCUCACUUUUCACAGCAGUGGGGGGAGCACUACGCAGCGCUGACCAGGCUCGCCCUCGGACAGACUCUGAUGGUCAACCAGCUGGUUGACAUGGAGUGGAAGUUUGGAGUGACUGUUGGCACCAGUGAAAUUCAGAAAGUGGGCACAGUCUUUCUGCAGCUGAAGCUGGUGGUCAGAAAGGGGAAUUCCACUGAAAACGUCUACAUGGAGCUGACGCUGCCUCAGUUUUACAACUUCCUGCAUGAGAUGGAGCGAGCCAAGGCCAGCAUGGACUGUUUCAGCUGAGUGUGUGUGUGUGUGUGUGUGCGCGUGUGUGUGUGUGUAUGUGUGUGUGUAAACUUCAUUUACAAUAAUUUUUAAGUGAAAUCUGCCAAUAAAG